UUGACCAGAUAGAGGAAUGGCUAUGGAAGGUGGAGAAACUACAUGUCUUCAAUCUCCUCUGAUUGGACAUCAAGGGGACAGUCAUGAAUUCGAUGGAGGAACAUCUGGGCAAGGUUGUUGCAGAAGAGAGAUUAUUGAAGAAGCAAAGAAGCAGCUGUGGCUGGCAGGGCCUCUUGUGGCGGUCAGCAUGUUGCAGUACUGUUUACAAGUAAUCUCCAUCAUGUUUGUAGGCCAUCUUGGGGAGUUGCCACUCUCUGGUGCUUCCAUGGCCACUUCAUUUGCUUCAGUCACUGGUUUCAGCUUAUUGUUAGGAAUAGGAAGUGCAUUGGAGACACUUUGUGGGCAAGCCUAUGGAGCCAGAGAGUACCAUAUGGUGGGUGUUCACACACAAAGAGCAAUGCUAACCCUUCUUGUCUUGAGCAUUCCCCUUGCAUUUAUAUGGUUCUUCACGGCCCCUAUUCUCAUAUCUCUGGGCCAAGAUCGCAGCAUAUCUACAGAAGCAGGGAUAUUCAAUAGGUGGAUGAUCCCAAGCCUUUUUGCCUACGGCCUCCUGCAAUGUCUCAACAGAUUUCUGCAGACACAAAACAUUGUUUUCCCUAUAAUGAUAAGCUCAGGGAUCACAGCUGUUUCCCAUAUCCUCGUUUGUUGGCUUCUUGUCUUUAAAUCUGGUCUUGGAAGCAAAGGAGCAGCCUUGGCAAACACCAUCUCGAAUUGGGUUAAUGUAUUUAUGUUGGCAGUUUAUGUGAAGUUUUCCCCUGUUUGCUCAAAAACUUGGACCGGGUUAUCAAAACAAGCACUUCAUGAUAUUCCCAACUUUUUAAAGCUUGCAGUACCUUCUGCUACUAUGAUCUGCUUUGAAUAUUGGACAUUCGAGAUGAUUGUUCUCCUAUCUGGCCUUCUCCCAAAUCCCAAACUUGAGGCAUCUGUGUUAUCGAUAAGCCUUAACACAUGUUGGAUGGUCUACACAAUCUCUGUUGGUCUUGGUGGAGCUAUAAGUGCAAGAGUUUCAAACGAACUAGGUGCCAAGCACCCACAACAUGCACGCUUGGCAGUAUGGGUAGUGAUUAUAAUUUCCAUAUCAGAGGGUGUCGUGGUUGGAACCGCUACUAUUUUGGUACGCCAUGUCUGGGGAAAGCUGUAUAGCAAUGAAGCAGAAGUUAUCAGAUAUGUAGCUAAAAUGAUGCCACUUCUUGCAUUAUCUAACUUCUUGGAUGGAUUCCAAUGUGUGCUUUCAGGGGCUGCUAGAGGAUGUGGAUGGCAAAAUAUUUGCACAAUGAUCAACCUUGGAGCUUAUUACGUCGUGGGAAUUCCUUGUUCUGUGCUAUUUGCUUUUAUCUGCAAUUUUGGAGGCAUGGGGCUAUGGAUGGGAAUCAUAUGUGGCCUUGGCAUACAAGUGACAGCACUUGUUACCAUGAAUUUAUGCACUAAUUGGGAUGAAGGUGUAGGGGCAUCUCUCAGUGCCUGGGUUUUCCAUCCAAGUUUGCAUGAUGAACCAAUGAGAAGAGAUGAAGAAAAUGAAGAAGCAAUUGUCCUAGAUUAUGGGCACCCAUAGCAGGAAGUACAUAAUUACACUUACAAAGCAACAUCAACACCUCAAUAGACCACACUUGCAAAUUGAAAUAUAGACCCAACAGAAUAAUUCCACAAGUAAGGGUGUAUAAGAAUGCAGACAAAAAAAAGGAAAAAGGAAAAAGGAAAAAGAAAAACAAGUGGGGCUUGGACUACUUGUUCGGUUGAUUGGUUGAGCAACCCAACCCAAUAUCAUAAAAUCUUAGUUAAUAAGAUGAUUUUCAUUACCACCAUAUAUACAUUCACAAUGUUUUCAAGCACAUAAACAAUGCUGUUGAAAUGAGUUCUAUUGGCUGCUAGCUAUAAUUCCAUUAGUUUCUAGUAAUAUUUUAUGGUUCUAGUAGCACCUCAAGCAUUCUUUAUGAUUCUAGUAAUGGCUUGAGCAUUUUCUAUGAUUUUACUAGUUGUUGUAGCACCAUGAGAAUUCUAGAUGAUUUUCCUUUGUAUA